AUGAAGGUUUGGGGAGCACACGGAGAGUUUUGCGCGAGGCAUCAAUGGGAGGUCAUCGUCGCGACCCUGGCGUUGCUGGCUUGUGCAGCGAGCGUCGAACGGCACGCCACGGGACAGAGGUCGGAACACUGUGCCGGCUGGGCCAGGGCGUGUCCCGGCCUCGAAGCGGAAUACCAAGCCGCCGACGCGGUCGUCAUGACCAUCGUCCGCUGUUCGGCACUUUUAUACGCGUAUUACCAAGUCUCCAAUCUGCAGAAGAUCGCCUCCAAAUACCUCUUAAUCCUAGCCGGUGUUUUCUCAACAUUCGCCAGCUUCAUAUUCACUUCAGCAUUGGCCAGUUUGUUUUGGACCGAGCUGGCAAGCAUCAAAGAUGCUCCAUUUUUGUUCUUGCUUGUCGCGGAUGUGGCAAGAGGUGCUAGGAUGGCCAAAGCCGGCUGGUGUGCUGGCGAAGACCAAGGGAAGAGGGUGGGAAAAGCCCUGUCAUUAUUGGGACCGACAGCGACGUUAGAUACGCUUCUAGCGGUUCUCCUCGUCGGUGUAGGCGGUUUGUCCGGCGUGCCUAGGCUCGAACACAUGUGUACAUUCGCCUGCCUAGCGCUGAUGGUCGACUACUUAGUAUUUGUAACGUUUUACCCAGCUUGCUUGUCGCUGGUCGCGGACUUUGCGUCCGGGAAAAAAGAUAUUUCCUCCGAUAACCCGUUCAUGGCAUCUGACUUGAAACCGAACCCCGUAGUCCAGAGAGUGAAAAUGAUCAUGGCCGCUGGAUUACUAUGCGUUCAUCUCACCAGCAGGUGGCCUUCGGCGAGAGAUAACGACAUGAUGGACGGGUCGCUGAGCAACAAUUUCAAGCCGUCACAGCACGAUAACGUCUUACUGCACUCGUACAUCAAAUGGUUCUCGGUGUCCGCAGAUUAUCUAGUAAUUGCAACUCUACUAUGCGCUCUGAUUAUCAAAUUCAUUUUCUUCGAAGAGCAGAGGAAUUGGGUUAUCGACAUGAACGAUUUAACCGUUAAGGAAGUCGUGCAGAACGAACGACCGGUGUUCACAUUGGGAGAAGACCUUAAGACCGACGCCGGAAUGCAAACGGACGAUCUAGUGAGUUGCGUCGAAGAGGAGUGGCCGACAUUGUCGCCCAGCUCUUCUGUUGCCAGACUGAACGCAAAGAAGCGGCCGAUGGCCGAAUGCCUCGAAGUGUACAGAUCUGAAGGCGACUGCACGUCUCUAAGUGACGAGGAAGUCGUAAUGCUCGUUGAACAGUCGCAUAUUCCACUCCACAGAUUAGAGACAGUGCUCUGUGACCCCUUACGAGGUGUCAGAUUACGUAGGAAAAUCAUAUCCAGCCGAUUCCAAACUGAAGACGCCGUUAAAUUGUUACCCUACCUAAAUUAUGAUUACAGUAAAGUCAUGAACGCGUGCUGUGAAAACGUCAUUGGCUACGUCGGGAUUCCAGUCGGUUACGCCGGUCCUUUAUUUGUUGACGGUAAGGCGUAUAUGAUACCUAUGGCUACUACAGAGGGCGCUCUAGUCGCUUCAACGAACAGAGGAGCCAAAGCGAUCGGACCUAAAGGAGUCACCAGCGUCGUCGAAGACAUCGGAAUGACCCGGGCACCAGCCGUGAAAUUACCUAACGUAGUGCGGGCUCUCGAAUGCCGUCAAUGGCUGGAUAACAAAGACAAUUACAACCUUAUCAAAGACGCUUUCGACUCGACAUCUAGAUUCGCCCGCCUCCAAGAAGUUCAUAUAGGUGUGGACGGAGCCACGCUGUAUCUCCGUUUCAGAGCCACCACGGGCGACGCUAUGGGUAUGAACAUGGUGUCGAAGGGCGCUGAAAACGCGCUUCAAGUACUGAGGAACUUUUUCCCCGAUAUGGAAGUAAUAAGUCUCUCUGGCAAUUACUGUUCCGACAAGAAAGCCGCGUCUAUUAACUGGGUUAAAGGACGAGGAAAGCGAGUCGUAUGCGAAACUACGAUCUCUGCGGAAAGCCUACGCACUAUCCUAAAAGCUGACGCUAAAACACUGGCACGCUGUAACAAAGUCAAGAAUCUGUCGGGCUCCGCGCUGGCCGGGUCCAUUGGCGGUAACAACGCUCACGCCGCGAAUAUGGUGACCGCUCUCUUUAUAGCCACGGGGCAAGAUCCAGCGCAGAACGUAACGAGCAGCAAUUGCUCGACGAGCAUGGAAGUGUGCGGAGAGAAUAGAGAUGAUUUGUACGUGACGUGUACGAUGCCGUGUUUGGAGGUGGGGACCGUCGGCGGGGGCACGGUCUUGACUGGGCAGAGCGCCUGCUUGGAAAUCUUAGGGGUCAAGGGCGCCGGCGUUCGACCGGCCGAAAACUCGGCUAGGCUGGCCUCUCUCAUUUGCGCCACAGUCUUAGCUGGGGAACUAAGUUUGAUGGCCGCCCUCGUCAAUUCCGAUCUGGUGAAAUCUCAUAUGCGACAUAAUAGAUCGAAGGUGAACGUCCAAGGUUCAUCCAAUGAUAUGACAUUAAAAGUACCAAAGUUAUAA